GAUCCUGCCUGUGACCCAUACGGAGAUCUCACCAGAACAGCAGUUUGACAAAAGUAUACAGAAACUCCUAGCAACUAGGAUUGCUGUCUACCUCAUGACAUUUCUAAUCGUAACUGUGGCCUGGGCAGCACACACCAGGUAGGGAAUUAGACCUUUAACACAAGGUCCUCAUUGUCAGGAUUUACUCAGGGUAGGCAAAAGACAUGGACUGUUAUAAUACCACAGAGAUGUUUUGUACUUGUUAUCUGUGGGCUCCUCAGUUCACAUCUUGUGUCCCAGGGGAGCUACCUCUUCCCACCCUGGCCUCUAGUUCUCUGAGACUUAUACAUGGUCAAGAUUGCUUCAAAGAAGACCUGGCUCUACAACACCACCCUCCCUCUUUUCCUUUCUGUUAGGAAAGGCAGAAAAGUGUCCACCUACUAGACCAACUGGAAGACCAGAAUAGAACAUGGCAGAGAAGAUAGAAAAUACAAGCUUAAUGGCUGUGUCUCAGUGGUUUAUGGUUAUACAGGGAAGGGUUCUUCCCUGUAUGGAAGCUGAACCUAUAGAUUACAUUCUGAUAUCUGAGUUUUGUUCUAGGGAAGAAUAAGGCUCUUUAAGAUCCCAGGACACAGGGCUCCAUAGCUGCAUGAGCUUCUGCCCACUGAAUGCCAGACAGGCAGGGGGACAAGAGGCUUCUAUAGGAAGAGCUGGGCAUGUGGGUUUUAUAUUCCUGGCUGCAGAUUAGCAUGUUCAAAGGAAAUAUUCUUUAGAGAAUGCUCAAGGUACAGAAAAACUUGCAGAUUCUAGUAAACAUUUCAUGACCUACCUCUCCUCCCAUCCCCCCACCCCCUACCCUCCCACCCACCCCCCCCCCAUGUAGGGAGAGGGAAGAAACAUCUAUGUAGUAGGCCAGAUUGGCCUUGAACUCAGAAAUCCUGCCUCUGCUGCCUAAGUGCUGGGAUUACUUACAGGCAUGCGUUCCGCUUACUGCUAUUUAAAAGUGCAGCAUGUGUUUCAUGUUACACACUUGUUCUCAGCAAGAUGAUGGUGAUACAUGUUCAAAACCUACGCAGGCUUAUCCUUUUGGUCUCCCUAUAACUUUAACCAACCUUCCCUAUACUAGCUUCAUGGUUCUUUUACCAGUGCCACACCCACUGUGGAACACAUCAACAGUCAGGUUGUGAGGCUCAGGGGCCUGUGAGGAACUUCAUAGAGCUUCUGUGGCUUGCUUUGAGUGCUCUCUUAUACAUGAACUUAGAACCAGCAGGUAGCCAGCUGCCUCUAGGAUAGAAGUCCUUCGGUUUCGGCUUAUUAAGAAAGACUUCAGCCCAAAUGAGCCUGUGUCACUGCCAUGAGCUGGAGGUGGCUUCCUAGAGUGGGGGGUGGCAGUUCAGCUGAGUCCAGUCCAAAAAGAAGGCCAUGUGCUUGGUUUUGGGUGGGUAACAUCUGAGCCAUGGUCAGGUACUGUUGGUGGCAACCCUACUGUAGGGCCCAGGCAUCAUAGGCUUUAGGACCCUUGGCUGCCUAUGCUAGUAGACCAAAGAUAAUCCUCCAUUUUGUUUUCUACUUACAUUGUAUCUCCAUACAAAACUAUCUCUGUUAAAUAACAAAUUUUAACAAAUGCAGUAUAUGAGAUCUUUGGGGAAAGAAUUAAAAAAGGAGCACUUCCUUUCUUCAUACUGGAUUUUAGACAUAAUGUCUAAGAAAACCAAUAUAUUGCAUGAUAGAACUCUAGCUCUACAUCCCCAGAAGCUUAUUCCCCGAAAGUGUGGCCAGACAACUCAUGGGCCAGGAGACUCAUAGCCACACUGCUAGUCUUGCCUUUAGCAGGAACUCCCUGGACAGUUAACUCCCCUACUUCAAGACUCUAUGAAAAGACUGUCCAUAAAAGCUGCCAGUUGUACAGGUGGCUUCUUCAGAUUGUAAUGGAAAGAAUGUCUGAAAAAGAUUGUUCCAGGUUGUUGGAAAAAUAGAUGAUACACUUGCCUUGCUCAACCUGGCUUGUAUGAUGACUAUCACCCUUCUGCCAUACACAUUUUCGCUAAUGGUAACAUUCCCUGAUGUGCCCCUGGGCAUCUUCCUGUUCUGCAUGUGUGUGAUUGCCAUUGGAUCUGUGCAGGCAAUGAUUGUGGGUUAUGCCUUUCACUUCCCACAUCUGCUGAAUCCACAAAUCCAGUGCUCUCCACACAGGGACCUGUCCCAGCGGCAUAUCCUACACCUAGUCCUCCGUGGUCCAGCACUGUGUUUUGUUGCAGCUGUCUUUUCCCUCUUCUUCUUCCCCUUGUCAUACCUGCUGAUGGUGACUGUCAUCUUCUUCCCUCACAUCAGCAAGGCUACCACCUGGUGCAAAGACAAGUUUAUGGGCCACAGGGAGUCUCCAGCUCACAACAUGGAGCCCUUCAGUAUUGACCUGUAUGCGCCCCUCAGCAAAGAGCGGGUAGAAGCUUUCAGUGAUGGUGUCUAUGCCAUCGUGGCCACACUUCUCAUCCUGGACAUCUGUGAGGACAAUGUUCCGGAUCCCAAGGAUGUGCAAGAGAAAUUCAGUGGCAGCCUUGUGGCUGCCCUGGGUGCAUAUGGGCCACAAUUCCUGGCAUACUUCGGCUCCUUUGCCACAGUGGGUCUGCUCUGGUUUGCCCACCACUCACUUUUCCUGCAUGUCCGGAAGGCUACACAGACCAUGGGGUUACUCAACAUACUGUCACUGGCCUUUGUGGGUGGCCUCCCUCUGGCCUACCAGCAAACCUCAGCAUUUGCCCAGCAACCCCGUGAUGAACUUGAGCGUGUGCGUGUCAGCUGUGCCAUCAUCUUCUUUGCCAGCAUCUUCCAGUUUGCCAUCUGGACUACAGCCCUGCUGCAUCAGACAGAAACACUGCAGCCAGCUGUGCAAUUUGGUGGGCAGGAGCAUGCUUUCAUGUUCGCCAAGCUUGCACUGUAUCCCUGUGCCAGCCUGCUGGCCUUUGCUGCCACCUGCCUACUGAGCCGGUUCAGCACAGCCAUCUUCCAUCUCAUGCAGAUUUCAGUGCCCUUUGCGUUCCUGUUGCUCCGUCUCCUUGUUCGCCUUGCCCUGGCAGGCCUUCAAGUCCUACGGGACCUCUGGCCACAGCGUCCACAAGACCAGGGUGAACCUGAGACACAGUCCCAGCUCUUGCCUGCCCCCUGCUAAUGCCAAGAAAGCCACUCCUGCCUAUCCUAGGCAUACUGUAAGGGGUCCAAUGGAGAUGUCUUAGUACAAGUUUAUUGUGACACUGGGGCUGUGGAUAUAUUGGCCUGGGUAUUGUUUACAUUGUGAAAUAUCAAGAUCUAUUUCAAGAGUGUGAACACUGUUCACACUUUGCAGUGAGGAGGUUUCAUGGGAACUGAAUUUAUUGUUUUUACCCAUUUACUUUCCUCCCUUGCCCACAACAUUGCCAGGGGAAUUUACCUGUCUGACUAACCUGAACAAGCCACUUUGUCAAGUCACUGAGAUCUUGUUUGAGGCAGCAGCACCCAGCCAGGAUCUGAGGUCUAUCGCUAUGUCUUGUUCUGACCUUCACCUUGGAAUGUUCGAGCAAUUGAGUCUAGGCUAACUCAGGCUGAGAAGUUCCUGUCUGGCUCACAUCCUCAAAAGUAUAGAGCUUCCCUGGUGGGACUGCCAGUCUGUCUGCCCAUUCCUGUACCAGUUGUUAGACAAAGACAAGAGGCAGCUAUGGGACAGCAAAGCCCACACUGUGUAUUUGACCCAGAUAUAAAUUAGAUCACAUUCAGGUAGUGAUAAAUUACAUACAAAGACAGGACCAGUGCACAGGACACACUCCGCAUAAGGACAAUCUCAUUUAAAUACAGAGGACAUGCUACACUGGCUGUAAUUUACAAACAAUUCCUACAGAUUGAAAUAAAAAUGAAAAAUUACAU